AUAGCGAUCGACGUCCAUUGCUUGCAUCGAAUUCAAGUAGAUCAACAUCUCCGAUCCCUCCAUUCUCAAAUUAUCAUUCCAUCACACUUACAAACGAACAUCGUCAAUCGUUUUAUUCUCCUGUUCCGUCCAUUGAGGGUAGUGAUACAGAAGAAACAAAUGUCAGUGCUUUUCGUAAUUUUCGUUCGGAUUCUAAUGUUUCACAAUCAUUAUUAUGUACACCAGCGUCCGUUAUUGAAGAUGAUGAUAAUGAUCAAGAUUAUGAAAAACAAGCAGAUGAAGUUAUUGAAAACAUCUGGCGUAUAUUUAAAGAUAAUGAUUCUUGGUUACAAGAAGCUAUAAGUAGCAAUGGACUCGAUAUUGUUCUUGCUAAAAAUUUUCCAAAAUGGGGCAAAAUUUUCCGAUUAACUUGUAUCAUUCCAGGAUGUCGUGAUGAUGUUGUAGAACUAUUAUUUGAACGUCAGGAAGAUAUGUCUAAAUGGAGUCCAACUGUAAACGAUUGUAGAAUACUCGAAGUGAUUCAUCAUGAUUUAUAUAUAACAUAUCAACUGACUAAUGAACAAGCACAAGGGAUUAUUGCUAAACGAGAUUUUGUUAAUGUGAAUACACGUCGAUUUAUUGAUGAUGUUGCUAUUUUAGCAGCACAAGCAUGUGCUUAUCCACAAAUGCCUCCUAAAGAUAAUUGUGUUCGAGGUGAGAAUGGACCAACUGCAUAUAUUGUCGAAAAACAUGACGAUACAAGUUGUAAAUUUACAAUGAUACUUAAUGUAGAUUUAAAAGGUUGGCUUCCUCAAUAUUUAAUUAAUAGUUCUCUUGCUAAUGUUCAACUUACAAUUGCUGAAUCACUUCGCAAUUAUUUAUUAAAAACAAAUGACAUAUCAUCAUCCGGUUCAUCGAUAAGUGAUAUAAUAACGUAA